GGCCCAAAAACUCUAGAAAUUGAGUGAAUCCAUGAUUUGAACCAGAAAACUAUGUAUUCCUCCAUUUGUAUAUACUAACAGCAAUGGAGGUGAGUUCUGAUCUGUAUCUACCGCUCACAGUUCCGUAGAGAGUGGAAUGAUGGCAGGUGUUGGGAAAUGCUUACUCGUUACUGGCCCUCCCGGUGUUGGUAAAACCACUCUGAUUAUGAGAAUAUGCGAAAGCCUGAAGCUCUCUAAUCCCAACAUCAAGCUUCAGGGUUUCUACUCUCAAGAGAUUCGACAAGGAGGUGAGAGGGUUGGAUUUGAAGUCGUCACUUUGGAUGGUCGCAGAGGUCAACUCGCCAGCUCCGCCAUUUCCAGUCCUGAAGCACACCGGUGGCCGGCUGUUGGGAAAUACAGAGUGGAUAUAGCAUGGUUUGAAUCAUUGGUAUUGCCUGAAUUGAAGAUCAGAGAAGAUACCGAUCUCUUCAUUAUUGAUGAAGUCGGUAAAAUGGAGUUGUUCAGUUCAUACUUCUUUCCAGCCAUUCUAAAUAUUCUUCAAUCUAAUAUUCCUCUUCUCGCCACUGUCCCAAUACCAAAGUUCGGCAAAGAUUUACCUGCAGUUGUAUGGUUGAAGAAUCAUCCAGGUGCAACCAUUUUCACUUUGGAUAAAAGCAACAGGGAUGCGACAAAAGAGCAAAUCUACUCUCAGUUGGUCGGUAUGCUUCAUAAACCUUAGAUAAUGGAGUAGGCUACAGAUUAAAACUUGUCUUUGAUGAUGUAUCCGGUUCAUCCUAUGAGUAAUGGAUAGUAUGCCAUGUAUUGAA